UAUAUUAAGCUUCUCAUCAGCUUUUAACUUAACACUCUUUAUAUAACAAACUCGUAUAUAGUGCCAUUUACGAUGAACAAUAAUCAAGCAUUCGUACCAUCUGCUGUUAAAGACGAGAACUACACAUGCAUAGAUCCUAUACGGAAGAUUUACAAAAUCAUUGUUACAAUCAAAUAACAUCUUCAACUAAUAUUAUUUUAGUUAAAAAAAGAAAAUACUUCGGAAUAACUGUCCAUUUGAUUUAAAUUGCAAAAGGGAAACAGAUAGCAGAUAAAAUAAAUAAAUAAAUUUGAAUACGAAGACAAAUAAUAAUUUAUAUCGCGUAUUAAAUAGUUCUAACGUAAUCAACGUUCUAAAAUAUUGAGUACAAUUUGGAAUAAUUCUGUAGAAGGUAAGCAUCGAAAAUGAUCGAUACGAUUUUCACGAGUCAACAUUGCUCGUGUCGUGUAAUGACCUCGUCUAACCUCGAAGCUGAGAUCAGAAGCAUUGAAUUUUCUAAAUUCAACGUAAAUUGAAGUGUCACAUAAGCAUAGAGUCACUUACCCCUUUGCAGAAAGGACGAAGAUGCACCGAAGAGGGUCCAUAUUAAAGUCAGGAAGGAAAUUCAUCGAUAGAAAUCGAGGAUCUAUUAUGUGUCAAUUACGUCACUGGUUUUUCGUUGACGAUCGAUCGAUGAUCGUCAGAUGUUCAAGCAUGCGCCGUGAUCGUGGCAAGUUCAUACACGUCUGCAAUCAUACAUACGUACUUGCAAUUACAAAAAAUACUUGCUUAUACCGUGUAAUUUUUAUUUCUAAUCUUUAAAUCUAUAUCCUGAAUAUAUUAAUUAUUAUUAAUAUCAUUUUAAAAUAUUAAAACAUCAUUUUGAAACAUGUAAAUACAAAAAAUAAAAGAAUAAAAAUUACUGGUGACGUUACUAACUAACGCAUUCGAACAUUUUAAUUUAAUUCGUAAAAACAAUUUUGAUUCGCGGUGAUUUUAAUUCAGAAAAAUAGUUUCAAUUGGAUCGGAUAUUCACUUGGAUCGUUUUCUUUCGACAUGUUUACAUCAUGAAUUUCAGAAUUUUCGCUGCAAUUUAAUUUCAAACAAUUAAUUACAAAGUUCCGAUCUUGCUUUCCCUGCCGAUAUUAAAUUUUAUUCUUCUAAUUAAACAGGCUUACGCAGCAAUAAAUUACCUGCCAUCGUCAUUUCUCCGUGAAUUAUGGUAUCUCGUGGUUUCUCCAAACAUUUCACGUCGAAACUAUGCUUACGGAAGUAACGGAACCUGUUACAGAUAUUAGGCAACAUAACUGGCGUCUUCCGGAUACUAACAAAGAAAAUUCCCCCUGUAUUUAAUUCGACCGUUAAAAUGAGCCACAUGCUAUAGAAAAUCGAGGCGCAUGCUUCGUUGCCACGACGACCGAUUCGCUUAACCGUACACAAAGCCUGCAAAUAAACCUACUAUGUCAUUUUUCGUUCAGAUGAUCCUCCUGUUCGAAAGGGAGAGACUCUAGACACUCGCAAAAGUUCUCGAAUUUUAGUCGUAACAAGAGUUAAAAAUUUCAUUAAUAUCCGAAUCAAUGAAAUGUCAUACUGUCUGACAAAUUUCUCAAUAAAUCGUACAAGCGCUCGAAUACUUUCUCAAGUGAUUUUCAUUUUACAAGCAAGCAAAUAUCAUAGAUUUAAGUGAGUUCUCUUUUUUUUUUUUUUUAAAUCGCGAGUCGAUAAACUGACUUUCUUACGUUCCGAUCUCGGUCAUGUCGGCGGAGGGUGAGUUUUUCCUCUCGAUCGCAGGAUCCAUCGAGCACGGGGAGUUUUACGACGUCAACAACGCCUAUUGCAAAUACGGAUUCCACUUUGGCCCGGAAUGGAGCGUAAUCGCCGGUAUCGAGGAAGGUCUUACGCAGAUGUGCAAGUGCAGCAACGAUCCGCGAAAUCUGGCAGUCUGGAACUUCCCGCUGGAAAUCACAUUCAAGAGUACCAACCCGCACGGAUGGCCUCAGUUAAUAAUAUCUGUUUACGGCUUGGACACCUUCGGCCACGAUGUCAUCAGAGGAUAUGGAGUGUGUCAUUUGCCGCUGGAAACAGGUCACCACGAGAAAAGGGUAUCGGUGUACGUGCCGGAGUCCUCCUCAGCGUGGCAACGAUUUGCGGCUUGGUUAACCGGAAGAAGGCCAGAGCUAAUUGAUCCGGCGAUAUUGGCCACUGGCGGCGGAAGGGAGCUCACGCGCAUGAGAGUGGAGGGUAUUGUUACUGUGACGUUCAACGUUGUGCUGAAAGAUUUCUUCAAGUUGGGCUACAACAACGGCGAGCAGCGAAGGAAGCAACGAGAUUUGAGUUGAUCGAUGUAAAAACGUUCCACCGAUAUUGCGACACUUUUGCCUCUCCACUUCUUACGCUCCCGUGUCUUAUCCUGUUACUUACGUUUCUUUCGAGCAAGAGAGUCUCUGCCCGGAUAUAUAUUUUACUCAGAAGACACCGAGAGUUGAAAGCGAUUCCGAUUUGUAAUAAACAAAGAAACGUUGACUCGAUUUAGUAUCUCGGUUCAAACAUUGAUUCAAUUCAUUCGAUUUAUUCGACUGUUGGAUUAAUCCUUUGACUGGAAUUCUCUAAAAAAUAAAAUAUGUUCAAUUUUUUGUGGAUCUCUAAA